ACCGCGGCAGCCAUGCACUCGUCCCCCAGCCAGCUGCUCCGCCUCCUGCUCCGCGCCCUGAGCGCCCUCUGGAGCGCCCUGGCGCCCCCCUGCCUCUGGCUCUGCCGGGCGCGGCCGGGGAAAGGCGCCCCCGCCGCGCCGCCGGUGCCGCUCAGCGUCAACUACCACUUCACCCGCCAGUGCAACUACAAGUGCGGCUUCUGCUUCCACACCGCCAAGAGCUCCUUCGUGUUGCCCCUGGAGGAAGCCAAGCGGGGGCUCAGCUUGCUCAAGCAGGCGGGUAUGGAGAAAAUAAACUUUUCUGGAGGGGAGCCAUUUCUGCAAGAGAGAGGCGAAUUUGUGGGGAAGCUGGUCCAGUUUUGCAAACAGGAGCUGAAACUGCCAAGCGUUAGCAUCGUGAGCAACGGCAGCAUGAUUAAAGAAAGAUGGUUCAAGCGUUAUGGGGAAUACCUAGACAUUCUGGCUGUGUCUUGUGAUAGUUUCUGUGAAGAUAUCAAUGUUUUAAUUGGCCGUGGACAAGGGAAAAGAAACCAUGUUGAAAACCUUCAAAAAUUAAAGCAGUGGUGCCAUAAUUAUGGUGUGGCUUUCAAAAUAAACUCUGUGAUUAACAGAUUUAAUGUGGAAGAGGAUAUGAAUGAGCACAUUGAAGCUCUGAAUCCUGUCCGUUGGAAGGUAUUUCAGUGCCUGCUCAUUGAAGGAGAAAAUACAGGGGAAGAUGCUUUGAGAGAAGCAGAAAGAUUUGUCAUCAGUGAUGAAGAGUUUGAACAAUUCCUACAUCGUCAUAAAGAUGUCUCCUGCUUAGUGCCUGAAUCGAAUCAAAAAAUGAGAGAUUCAUAUCUAAUUCUGGAUGAAUAUAUGCGCUUUCUAAACUGUGUGAACGGUCGGAAAGAGCCUUCCCGAUCUAUCCUGGAUGUGGGUGUAGAAGAUGCUAUACAAUUCAGUGGAUUUGACGAAAAGAUGUUUUUCAAGCGAGGAGGGAAAUAUGUCUGGAGCAAAGCAAAUAUGGCACUGGAAUGGUGACUUAACCAACUUAUUCUCUGCAUGUGCCUUGCAAUGAAAUCAUGUACAGUACCCAUUUUGUUCCUCUCUUUAGAGAAAGACACAUACAGGGAUUUUUUACACAGAAUUUUCUCUGCAUUUUAACUGCUAUAGGUCUAUGCCAGUAUUCCAGUGUGUGUCGCUUCUUGCAGGCAAAAAAAGGAGGCAUAGGUUUGCCCACAAGUGGGAAUUAGCUUUCAUUUACUUAUAUUUAAAUAAUGGGUUGCAGCAGCAGCAGCAAACAAAGCUUAGUAUAUGUUGGUUUUGGAGAGGGAAAUACCUCCUAAGAACACAAGAUGAGCCAGGCUAGAUCAGACGAAAGGCCUGUCCAAUCCAGCAUUCUGUGCACACAGUGGCCAACCAGCUAUUCUUGAACGUUGGGAGAAGAUCUCUCUUGUAAGUGUUGUACCGAUGAAUCUGAAAGUAUUAUCCAGCAGUACCCAAUGCCAGUGGGGCAUAAAUAUAUAAAGAGGAAAGGAGAUGAUAAUUGCUAACAAGGAUGUGAGUGCUCAGGUACUCAUUUAUAUAGGGGGGGUGGACAGGCGGCAAUUGUUAUAAGCCCAAGGAUUUGGGAUAACUAUUAUUAAGCAAAUUGAAGAUAUGGUGGGAUAGUAGACAUGGGGGCUGUCUACACAUGGGGAAAGCCCUAUGGUGGCUGUGGUUCUGCACCCUGUCAAUUACGUUUGCAGCCACUGUGGGGCUUUCCCGUGAUGCUGCGUUUUGAAAAAGUUGGGGAUUUGCCCCGACCUUUUCAAAGGGAGCAACGGCAACACGGCACUUCCGCCGUGUAAUGUCGCUCUGCUGCCAAUCUGAGCCACUCAGGGGUGGAGCCUGGUGGAAGGCAACCAGCGAUUGGUUGCCUUCAACCAGGAAGAGGGUGGGGGCAGCUCCGGGACCUGGAUGGCUGCCCAGAAACCCCACACUCCCUUCUCGGCAUUGGGAUUACCUGACACCACCUUGGGAGAGAGAAAGUGUGACAUUGAGGAGGGAGGUGGCGCCAACCCAGCGCUGUGAAGACAGCCCCAUGGACAUCACUUAGAGCACUACUGAGGGUCAAGAAGAAAAAGACUAUCUUCAAUGAAGAUAUUGGCCCAAUACAUAGAGCUAAACAUGUAAGUUUCAAAGAUGGAAAACUCUGAAAAGGCCAAUAGCCCAACCAUGGCUAAUACAGCUUUGGAACACAUAUUUCUUGUAGCAAAGCUUAUAGAACAAAUAAAAUGGCACAAGCUCUUUUUUUAAAUUGGGCAUUAUAUUUAAUACACCAGCAACCUGAUCCAUUAACUGGGUCUGUGCUUGUAUUACUCUUUAAAGAACACUAGAACCCCACUGAUUUGCCCAGUUCUGAUGUGCUUUAAAGCCUUCCUCAUGUUUAUUACCUCAAGACCUGUUAUUAAUGUAUUUGAAGUGUUGUAAAAAAAUUCUUUGUAUAAUACAAGACAAUUUCUGGGAGUCAGGGCCCCCUUCACCUCCACCUUUGCCAAUAUAGUCACUGAAUUUCCUUUGGUGGCAACAAAUAAAGUAGUGAUUUUGCAAGAAAACAAGGUCCAUGGGAGAAUGUGCCAUGUUUCCUUGCAAAAUUGGCACUUUGGCUGCUGCUGUGGUGCUAGAAAAUUUGGUGGUGGGAACAGGGAUGUUGCAUAUAUGGCCAUGGAGGGCUGCAUGUGACCCACGCCUGUUGAAAUGUAUAAAGGGAGGGGAUGCAGAACUGUGCCCACUUUCUUGGGAGUAUGUCCAAGUGAAGUCACUGGAACAUUCGUCUUAAUUGUGCAUAGAAUUCGGCAGCAAGUUUAUGUUUUAUUAAUUGCAUUAUAAGUGAAUAGCCAAAAAGCUGGAUAAAUCAUUGAUUGUUUAUAUAUAUUUUUAAAAAGAGAAUUGAAGAAUUACACAUGGUUUGUGUAUCUGUUCUUAUAGUUUUAAUACAGAUGUAUAUUUGUAAGGAUUAUUAUUAUUGUUAUUAAAUGUUGUUAAAAGAUUCUGUGCCCUCUUUAAUAAGGCCUUGCAAUUAAAAGUCUCAUAUUUCAACAUAGGUAUGAAUGAAGCUUUAGCUGUAGAAACCCUCUUGGGGCUUUGUGGUUAUACUUGGUACAUUUAUAGGAAAACUUGUGUACCUGUUCAUGCGUUAUUCCAAUGGUCCCUAGGGUCCUGCAUUCAUUUCAUCUCACAAUUUUAGUUUUUCCUCCCUCAUUUGUCUGCACAAGGCCUAAAGAUCGAUCCUGCAAGAAUAGAUGCAAGUGACUUCACUCAGGGUGGAACUAGAAGCUACAAGGGCUACCAUGUUGCCUUUGUAGCCUGCAAAUGUCACCUACAGGCUAUUUUUUAAUUGAUUUUUCCCAGCUGGGGAGAGAGGAAAUACCAGCCUCAGAAAGGCAUUUACGGGGGUGGGGGUGGAAUCAGCAGGUAUGGAGUACAUCCUCCACCCAUCAGUGAGUCCGCCUUGUAAGUGCUCCGUGUCCCUAUAUUCUCAUGAUCUUAGCAAAUGCGUUUAAGUAUGGAUUUGCCGAAAGAAUUCAGCCCUUGGCAGUCGUAUUUAUUUGGAUGCGGAAAUGGGAUUUUUUUUUUCAAAGUCAAAUCUUCCAAAUGGCAACUAAAUUGAAAGAAACAACCCCUAAAAUAAACCCUUUAGCUAAAAGCCCUCCCUUUGGUCACAAUUUUUAUUUUGUCUGUUUUAAGAGCAACAUGGUAAUAUUUGGAAGAUGAAUUUUAAGCUAGUUAUGAUGACCCUUGUACAUCUGCCAGGCAUAAAUUUAGAACAAAGCCACAGUGUCUAUAUAAAGACACAAUAUUGUAUACCACUAGGGGAAAAAUAAAUGUGAAAAUACUUCUUAAAUUGCAA